AGGAGGAGGAAUUUAUGAUUGCUUGUAGUGGAGGGACCUGGACAACCCCAGGAGCUGAAAUCAUAAUGCGCCUAUAAAUAUAUAUUAGUAAUAUAGGUUCAGUAGUCUUCUAGCUAUGGCAAUAGUGGUGUGCAACUACAACUCUCAGCAUGUACUGGAAAUUGUAGCUUCAAAACAUUACUGUUUGUAGUAAAUUACAUUUCUGGGGUGAAACCCCCCCCCCCCAGGUUGUGGGCAGAAUGCUGCAAUAACCUCUAAAUUAGUUUCCUCUCCGCGGCCGCAUCUCUACAUGAUGACGUGUAGGAGCGACGCAUCAGGUACAGGGAUCACCUCGCAGUUCUCAGCAGGACCAUCGCCUGCUCUCAGAAUGACCUCCAUGGAUAAAAGCAGCAUUUACAUGGCAGACAGGAUUUUAAGCCUCACCCUAGAGAUCUUAUUCCUUCUGAUCGGAGAGGAUUACACAGUAAUGAAGAAGACGUGCGCCGAUCGUAUAAGUCCAAGCAGCAGCCCCACGGAGUCAGGAGGUAGGAUCGCGGCCAAAGAAACCGACCAGAUAACAUCCACAGACUUUGUGAGCCAUGAGAAUAACAAGACGAUUCUUCAGCUCACCAACCAGAUCAUCCAUCUGCUGACAAGAGAGGUUCCUGCACGCUGCGAGGACGUCGCCGUCUACUUCUCUAUAGAAGAAUGGGAUUAUGUAGAUAAACACAAGCAUCUGUACAAGAACGUCAUCCUGGAUGAUCACCAGCAGAACCAGUACAAGAACGUCAUCCUGGAUGAUCACCAGCAGAAGCUGUACAAGAAAGUCGUCAUGGAUGAUCACAAGCAGAACCAGUACAAGAACGUCAUCCUGGAUGAUCACCAGCAGAAGCUGUACAAGAAAGUCGUCAUGGAUGAUCACCAGUGCUCAUCACAGGGUGAACAGCCGGUUUUGACUCCUAAGCACGAAAAAGAAGAUGUAACCGGUGGUGACUACGUCUCAGUUGACCUUCGUAAAGAGGAAGCAACAUCUGUAAACAUCAUUGACUGUGAUGACCACAUCAGCACAGCGCCGAAGCCAUCAAUUUCUUUAGAGAGCGGUGAACAACUACUUUUGACUCCCAAGCAUGAAAUGGAAACAGAUGACUUCCUAGAAGAGCAUUUAAAUGACUUCCAUAUCACAAUGAUAGAGUCCCUGACCGGUGCUGACCACGUCCCAUCUGUCCUUAGCAGGCACCAGCCAUUGUCAGCAGACAACACGGACCAUGAUGACCACUUCGGCUCAGCACAGGAGCCAUUGUCUUGUUCGGAGUGCGGUAAACGUUUUAAGUUUCGAUCAAGACUCAUUGCACAUGAGCGCGUCCACACAGGGGAAAAACCUUUCUCAUGUCCCGAGUGCGGGAAGUGUUUUAUAAGAAAAUCACAACUUGUUCAACACAAAAAAAUUCACACUGGAGAAGAGCAAUGUUCAUUUUGUGGGAGGUGUUUUACACAAAAAUCUAUACUCAUCCAGCAUGAGAGAACCCACACGGGAGAACGGCCAUUUUCUUGUCUUCAGUGCGGACAGUGUUUUGCACAGGAGGCAACGCUAAUGAAACACGAGCGCAUUCACACCGGGGAGAAACCCUUCUCUUGUUCAGAAUGUGGGAAACGAUUCAUGCUGAAAUCUUACCUCCGCUGUCAUCAGAGGACUCAUACCGGAGAGAAGCCAUUUUCCUGCUGUUACUGUGACAAGCGCUUUACACAGAAAUCCCAUCUCUCUGAACAUAUUAAGAUUCACACGGGGGCAAAACUUUUCUCUUGUUUGGAGUGUGAUAAAAGCUUCACGCAGAAGUCUGGCCUCAUUCUGCACCAGCGCCUCCACACGGGCGAGAAACCUUUCUCCUGCCCGGAGUGCGGUAAAUGUUUUAUCAAGAAGGCGCAACUCGUUCAGCAUAAAAGAAUCCACACCGGGGAGGAACAGUGUUUGGUUUGUGGAAAAUGUUUUACACACAAAUCUAAAUUAGUCGAUCACCAGAGAACCCACACGGGCGAGCGGCCAUACACGUGUCAUCAAUGCGGGAAAAGUUUUGCACUCCAGACGACGUUAACAAGACACCAGCGGCUCCACACGGGGAAGAAGCUCCUCAGUUGUUCUGAGUGUGGCAAAAGUUUUAUGCAAAAGUCAGAUCUGUGUCGUCAUCAGCGGACUCAUACGCGACCGCAACCACCUUAAUAUGAGUUAUCCCAUGAUUAAUGUAAAAAAAUUCUAUAUCCUAUAAUGUGCAGCAGUCUAUUUCUAACAAAG